CCUGGGAAAUAUAGUCUUGUUAGGCUCGCUAAGCUGCCGGGUAGGUCCUCGGGCAGAUCAUCAUCCCUGCGGUGCUCCCUCAGCGUUCCGCUUUGCUUUUUUUCUCCCUCCUCCCUGUGCCAGGCCAACCCACGGGAUCCUGGUUCUCCCGCCAGGCCCGCGACAGAGUGCGCUCGGGCUCCGGCAUGCGCAGAGUCGUGGUGAGGGACUUAGGUCGGGUGUGCUUGGGAUGCGCUGAGCUGUGCACGCGGCGUGAGAACCUGGACUGCCCUGCGAGCUAACCUGAGAUCACAAGAGCGACAUUUUGCGGUACGGAAGUGACAAUGCAGCUUCCCCGGAAACCUCCCGGAGUAACGUCAUGCCUGUUUUUAAUCUGGGAAAAGGAGACCCCUAGAUAAAAUCGAGCAAGAUUUAAAAGGUCGACCUGUGCCGGCCAGUGGUGGCGCACGCCUUUAAUCCCAGGCAGAAGCAGGCGGAUUUCUGAGAUCGAGGCCAGCCUGGUCUACAAAGCAUGUCUAGGCCAUCCCUCAUCGCAUUUACCCCAGCGGCUGACUCCAGUGACCUCUGGAAGGAUGGGCAGCAGCAACCACAGCAGGAGAAAGCAGAGCCCGUCCUGGACGGGGCGGCUGCCCGGGCUUUCUAUGAGGCUCUAAUCGCAGAUGACAGUAGUUCUUCUAAGCCCCAGAGAGCUGAACCUACCAGGGAGAGGAAGAGGAAGAGAAGAAGAGUGACGAGGGAGCCUGCAGCAGCAGGAGUCCCCAGACAAGGAGGAGCACUUGAGGAUGAAGACAGGAUGGCCCAGUGGAUCCUGCUGGCAGCCCAGAAUGGGGAUCUGACAGAACUCCGGAGGCUGCUAGAACCCCAAGAGGCAGGGGGAGCUGGAGGGAAUAUCAAUGCUCGUGAUGCCUUCUGGUGGACUCCCUUGAUGUGUGCUGCCCGAGCAGGCCAGGGAGCCGCUGUGCGCUAUCUCCUGGGCCGAGGGGCUGCCUGGGUCGGAGUCUGUGACCUGGGAGGCAGAGAUGCUGCCCAGCUGGCUGAAGAAGCAGGCUUCCCUGAGGUAGCCCGUAUGGUCAGAGAGAGUCAUGGAGAGACAAGGAGCCCCGAGAACCAGAACCGAUCUACCCCCUCCUCGUCCCAGUUCUGUGAGGACUGUGGUGCCCACUUUGAAGACUCCAACCACCGCACAUCUACUGCUCACCUGCUGUCACUGUCCAGGAAACCCCAGCCCUCCAACCUUCCCCUUGGGGUGCCCACUUCCAGUCCUGGCUUCAGGCUACUGCUAAGAGGUGGCUGGGAACCAGGAAUGGGCCUAGGACCCCGGGGUGAAGGCCGUGCCAACCCUAUCCCCACUAUCCUCAAGAGGGACCAGGAAGGAUUGGGUUAUAGAUCCCCACCCCAACCCCGAGUCACACACUUUGCAGCUCGGGAUACUCGGGCUGUGUCUGGGAGAGAGAGAGUCCCUCGAGUUGCCACACUAAGUCAGAGGGAGAACAGAAGGCGAGAAGAGAAAGGCAGAGCCUGGGAGCGUGAUCUAAGACUGUACAUGAACCUCGAGUUCUGACUGAUAACGGACUGGCCCUGGUCUGUCACUCGCUGGACUUGGGCCUCUGACUUGGACACUUGGACUUCCGAACCCUUAGGCCUGGGCUGUUGGGCUCUGAUUUUAAAGAGAAGGGCAGAGAGUUGGGAGAUAAAUAAACUUCCUUCCUUGU